ACACAUAGAAGCAACCUUUUCAACCUCGUGGAAAGUGAAUGUUGUGAACAGAAAAAUCAACAUGUGAGUGAUUGUUAAAGUUGUAAUGCAUCAUCAUGGACCAUUUUUGAAAAAGAACAAUGCAUCAUGGACCAUAGUACUAUCGAAUUGAGUUGGGUUAUGAUGAUGACAAUAAGACAAAUAUCAACCCAACAUAACACACAUGAUAUUUUUAUCUACACUACUUUCCCUUUGUCUUAACUUCAUUCACAACAUUUUUUCAACUCUUGUUCCCAUUCCCUCAAUCCUCAAACAAAACCAAACACCAAAAACAAAACAAAAAAAUCAUUCAAGAACAUCAUGGCUAAACUAUGGUGUUCUUUUUUCUUAUUCAUUUCACUACUACUCCAACAAAACAAAAUUUGCAUGUCUUUGCUAGAACAAGUACCAAGUCCACCAUUACCAAUUCUCCCACUCCCAACAUAUGCACAAUUAAAAUGGCAACAAAGAGAAAUCAUAAUGUUCCUUCAUUUUGGUGUCAACACAUAUACCGACAGAGAAUGGGGUACAGGCCAUGAAAGCCCAUCAAUAUUCAAUCCAAUUGGGCUCAACACAACCCAAUGGGCCAAUGUAGCAGAAGAAGCAGGAAUUUCAUUGAUGAUAUUAACUGCAAAACAUCAUGAUGGAUUUUGUCUUUGGCCUUCAAAGUACACUAAACAUUCUGUCAUUAGUAGUACUUGGCAAAAUGGUAAGGGUGAUGUUGUUCAAGAAUUUGUCAAUGCAGCUACUAAUAAAGGAAUUGAUGUUGGGAUCUAUCUUUCACCUUGGGAUAGACAUGAUUCUAGAUAUGGUGAUGAUUUGCUUUACAAUGAAUACUAUUUAGCUCAAUUGCAAGAACUUCUUAAAAAAUAUCAAGAUGUUAGGGAAAUUUGGUUUGAUGGAGCAAAAGAUCCCAAGGCACAAAAUGUGUCAUAUUAUUUUUCAGAUUGGUUUUCUAUGGUGAAAGAGUUGCAAAGUUCUAUCAAUAUUUUCUCUGAUGCUGGACCUGAUGUAAGAUGGGUUGGAGGUGAAACAGGAACUGCAGGGGACACGUGUUGGUCUACUAUUAAUCGAACCUCUCUUGCAAUUGGAGCUUCAAACAUAACUGAGUAUCUAAGCACUGGUGAUCCAAGAGGAACAGAUUGGCUACCAGCAGAAUGUGAUGUUUCAAUUAGACCAGGAUGGUUUUGGCAUAAAUCGGAAUCACCAAAAAAACUAAGUGAGCUACUUGAUAUUUAUUACAAAUCAGUUGGUAGAAAUUGUGUGUUACUUCUUAAUGUACCUCCUAAUACAACUGGUCUUAUAUCUGAAAAUGAUGCACAUAGAUUAAAAGAAUUUAGAAGUGCAAUUAAUACAAUAUUUCAUAAAAACAUAGUUGAAAGUUCUUAUGUUAAAGUUAGUAGCCAAAGAGGAGGAAAAGAAGGAGGGUUUGGACCACAAAAUAUGCUUGAUAGUGACCAUUUGUGGUCAUAUUGGGCCCCACAUGAAGAUAAGAAGGAAAAGGAGGACCAUUGGAUUGAAAUUUGGGGUGAGGAUGGAAUUUUGAAAUUUAAUGUGAUUAGAAUACAAGAAGCAAUUGGACUUGGUCAAAGGAUUAAAGAGUAUGAAAUUUAUGUGGAUGGUAAAUUAAUAAUCCAAGGGACAACAAUUGGUUACAAGAGACUUCAUAGGCUUGAUGGAGAUGUUGUGCAUGCUAGUGUUGUGAGAAUUAGAUUCAUAAAGGCUAGAGGUGUUCCUCUUAUUUCUUCUAUUGGAUUACAUUUUGAUCCUUUUUGGCACUCAAAGUUUACUGCCACCUGAAGAACAUAAUCAUAUAUGUAGUGUUCUAGGAGAAUGCUUAUUGUGCAAGCAAUAUUCACAAAUAAUAAUCAUUCACUCUUCUAAGUAUGGUUAGACAUUGGUCAAAUCUUCAAUUUUUAUGCAUUAUUCUCUUUCUUGCGUAAA